AUGAAGUUCCUCAAGGUCGGCCGAGUCGCCAUCAUCACCCGCGGCAGAUACGCCGGAAAGAAGGUUGUCAUCAUCCAGCCCGUUGACAACGGCAACAAGCCUCACCCUUUCGGUCACGCCCUGGUUGCCGGCAUUGAGCGAUACCCCUCCAAGAUCACCCGCCGUAUGUCCAAGACCCGCCAGGAGAAGCGAAACAAGAUCAAGCCCUUCAUCAAGGUCAUCAACUACAACCACUUGAUGCCCACUCGCUACACUCUCGAGCUCGAGGGUCUCAAGGGUGCCGUCUCCAACGACACCUUCAAGGAGGUUUCUCAGCGCGAGGACGCCAAGAAGACUGUCAAGAAGGUGCUCGAGGAGCGAUACACCAGCGGCAAGAACCGAUGGUUCUUCACCCCUCUCAGUACGUUAUACCGACCUUGUGGCAUUGGUAUCUGGAGUUUUAAAAAAGGAAUCGUUUCUCCAUCACGGUUAGGGAGUUGGCGGGAUGUAAAGAGCAUCGAUGGCAUUAAGGAACCCCGGUUUUUAUGGGCUCAAUACGAAGUUUCUUAA